AACGAAAACAAAAAUAAAAAUAAAAAGAGAGCUCAUAAUAAUUCCGAUGAGUGCAAAUUCACAGUAUAAAACAAACUCCAAACCAACCAACCAAACCUUCUGAUCAGAGCGUCCUUUCUCUUACCCCAAUCUUACGUAAGCCCACAUUAAUAAUUCAUUUCCAAAAAAAAAAAAAGCUUUGAAUUGGGUCUCUCCUUCUUCAAUUAUCAACAUCAUUAACACUUUUGAAAAAAGAAAAACCCACCAAUCACCACAAAACUCUUAUAUUCUCUCAAAAGCUUUUGAAGAAGAAGGGAUAGAAAAGAAGGUGUUGAAAUGGGAUCGAGUAGCAGUCGACCGGGGACGAACCCAUCAUGGGGGAGAUUCAAUCGCCGGCCUAAACUGUGUUCCGGACUCUCUUCUCUCUUUCUCUGCGGUAGCUCUUCUUCUCAUGCUUCUUUUGAGAUGGAAGAUUAUCAAGAUGAAAUUCUGGUGAAGUCUGCAGAACACUGUGAACCAGUUACCAACAUGGUCCAAACCCCCCAGGAGGAAUCUACUUCCGUCUGCAGUAUGGAAACAAGGUUCAGCACCACAGGUACUGAAACUGGAAUUUCAGCUGAAAGCAGAACUGCAGCCAGUGGGGAUCCAUCUACCGAAAGUGGUUCAAGAGAUGUAGAAACAAGUAAUUGUACGAGAUGCUUAACUGAAAGUUUGGAGUUAGUUGCUCCUCAGGUAAGCGCUGAUUAUAGUCAUGGUGAAUCUCAUAAGGAUGGUAGUACUUCAGCUAGCACUUCCUUUAAAGAACAACAAUCUUCAGACACUGUCUCAGUAAAUCUUUCGAAUAAUGAGAAUGCAGUCGGUGGCUUUGAGAAUGCAAACAAGGAUGCAUCUCAGAUCUGUCCUGAGCCAAGUAUUUUGUCUCCUCAAGGGCUUGAAGAUUCACAUUUGCAUGGGAUACCUGUUGAGAAUCAAUUGGGUGAACUAACAACGGUCCAAAACUCUAGUUCUGAUUCUGCUUCUCAUGCCUCUGAACCAGUGACUUUUCAAUCACUAGGAGCUGAAUCCAUUCGAGAGGCAAUGCCUUCGGGUUUAGGAUUUCUCGUAUCCAAUAGGGAACAGGGCUGGGGAGAUGGAAGUGUGCUUCAUGUUGACGUUGUGAGUAUCUCUUCCAAUAUUUUAUCUGGUGGCAGUGCUGGUACAAGUAAUCGUGAAGCCAGGAGGAAUAGUAGAAGAUUGUUUCGGGAUGCAUUUUCAAGACGCAGUUCUAGAAGAUUUAACGAUUCCCCGUCCAUUUUUCUCUCAACAGAUGAUAGUGAUGAUAUAGGAUUUCAUGAUAGAUGGCUCCUUGAUUUCAGUGAUGAUUUCUUGUAUGAUGGGGCUGGAGGUGAUUCUGGUUACCUCAGCAGUAGAAUUCACAGCUUGAAUGAACGAAGACGACACUCAAGAUCAGAGAUCUGGGAAAGGCUGCGUGGUGGUCAUGAUGAAAAUAGUCGGCAAACUACAUUUUGUCCAUCUGGACUCCACCCUGAUGGCACUUGCUCAUGUGAUUCUCUCUUGAUGACUGAUGAGUCUAGUGCUCGUGCAAGCAUAUCAAGAAUAGUUAUGCUUGCUGAGGCUCUAUUUGAGGUUUUGGAUGAAAUUCAUCGUCAACCAGUGUCACUUUCCCUAUCUAUGGUGUCACUUCCAGCCCCCGAAUCUGUAGUUGAUUCUUUCCCUCUCAAAAGUCACAAGAAAGUGGAUGCAGCUGAGGGUGGGGAUGCAGUUGAACAGUGUUAUAUAUGCCUGGCUGAAUAUGAGGAAGGGGACAAAAUAAGAGUUCUGCCUUGCCAGCAUGAGUUUCACAUGUCUUGCGUGGAUAAAUGGCUUAAAGAGAUACACGGGGUGUGCCCACUUUGCCGAGGUGAUGUUCGUCAGGGUGUGGAGUCCUCUAUCUCAAGCUCUGAGAUUCCCCCUCUUUGAUAAAACUGUACAUAUGUAAAGACUGCUAAAUAGUUGUAUUUCCCCCUCUUACACAAAUGUUAAAUGUUGUAUUUCCUGUAUAACAUGUAGCAUCUUUUCCUCAUGAUGAGGCUACGUUUAAUUAUUUUUACAUACAGCAAAAUGAGGAAAUGGGAUCUUUUUGGCCAUGCUUUUUACUCUGAUGGCUACAGCUCUAGUGUAAUUAACAUGGGAGGAUUAUUAGAU